CCAAUCGUUAACGUACGCUACUUAAAGCAAGUUUGCGUUGUCACAGAAUCGCAGUAGGUGAGAAAGAAAGGUGUAGACAUGAGCGAACAUCUACGUGUUUGUAUUACCGGAGCUGCUGGACAGAUCGCUUACUCGCUUUUACAUCCUAUCGCUAACGGAGAUGUCUUCGGCAAGGACCGGCCUCUUACUUUACUAUUGCUGGAUAUUCCACAAAUGAUGGAAGUUUUGAAAGGAGUGGUGAUGGAGAUGAUGGAUUGUUCGCUGCCUCUACUAAAAGAUGUUAUUGCAACUGCUGACCCCAAUGUUGCAUUCAAAGGCAUUGACGUUGCCAUUUUAGUUGGAGCGAUGCCGAGGAGGGAAGGAAUGCAACGGAAGGACUUACUGAAAGCAAAUGCUGGCAUCUUUACAGCACAAGGAAAGGCUUUAGAUGCACAUGCAAAAAAAUCAGUAAAGGUUCUUGUUGUUGGUAAUCCGGCCAAUACCAACUGCAUGAUUGCGAUGUUGAAUGCUCCAUCUAUCCCUCGCAAGAACUUCACUGCACUCACUCGUCUCGACCAGAACAGAGCUCAAGCUCAAGUUGCUGCUCGUUUGAAAGCAAGAUGUGAUUUAGUGCAUAAUGUGAUCAUAUGGGGCAACCAUUCGGGCACUCAGUAUGUCGACCCGACUCAUGCCCAUGUGAUCACUGACCAAGGAAAGCAGGAUGUGUGUAGUGCAAUUAAGGAUGAUGCUUGGAUCCAGGGAGAAUUCCUUGUGACUGUGCAGAAGAGAGGAGCUGCUGUGAUUGCAGCAAGGAAGUUGAGCAGUGCAAUGUCUGCAGCUAAAGCUAUUUGCGAUCACAUGAGAGAUUGGUUUUAUGGAACGAAACCGCCAUGA